AUGGCACCCACAUAUGAAGCGCUCGUCGCCCAUCGCGACGACCGCCGUUUCCGCGAGCUUUACCGCUAUUUUCAACCUGCGAACCCUGCCGCCCUACUCUAUCAACCCCAACCUGACCUACCUAACCCCUCAAUCAUUGCGGAGGACCCUCCGGACGCCAUACCUUCAGUCGAAGACAGCCCGGGCAUUCCACUAGCAGUGUCUUUGAUGCCCCCUGAAGAAAAUAUCUCGAGCCCUAAUACAAUAUUGACGUCGUUUGCACAGCUGGCUGCUCAMAAGUUGAAUGUGGAASGAGCCAUAAUAUGUGUAUUGGGUCGCGAUACAGAAUACAUUCUGGCUGAAGCCGCCCGUGUCGAGCAGACAAAUACUCAGAGUCUCUGGAUCGGAUACGGCAGUGACGGACGGUUUGGGCCUAAGUUAAAUCUGAACACUGUGGCACUGCCAGCAUCUACAAGAUCGAAUUAUCAAUUUCAAAUAGUCAACGACUUGGUCGCCGAUGAACGCUACGCAGACUUACCAUUUGUGGCUAACGAUCCUCAUUUCCGAUUCUACGCCGGCACUCCGUUGACAACCGAAAAUGGCAUCAAUAUCGGAGUGUUAUUUGUUCUCGACCCGGAACCUCGGCCAAAUGGAUUGAAUGAACAUGAAAAGGAAUCUCUGGGUUCAUUAUCACGCAUGUCUAUGGAUUUCCUCCGCGUCAGUCGCCAAGCUGCCGAAGGACAACGUGCUCUUCGUCUAUCGCGUGGUCUGAGCUGCUUUGUGGAAGGAAGUUCCAGUUUUGUAGACGGCCUCGGCUCACUUCCUUCCGGCUCUCGAUCUGGUUCUCAUCUCGACUCGCAUUCUGGCUCGCAUACCGGUUCGCAAGACUCACACAGUGGUUCUCAUCAUGGCUCCGCCAUCUCUUCCACCUCUGCCCGCUCGUCGGCGUCACCUCCAGCUGUUGGUAGUCCAACCACCCGGUCUCGGAGGUCAAGAGGGUCGCGAGGGUCGCGUGGGAGUAGCAUAGAUGUACGACCCAGCCGGUCACCAGGCCCGUCAUCAUCUGAAGGCAAGGAUACAGGAACUUCUUCAGACGUGACGACACCACUUCCCGAUUGGCUACUUCAUGGAACAAAGAGCUCCAAAGCUCGCUUGGCUGAUGAAAUGCACAACAAUCAUUGGACGUUCCGCCGUGCAGCGAAUUUGAUCCGCGAAAGUUUGGGAUUGAAUGGUGACGGCGGUGUCAUUUUCCUUGAAAAUAGCAACAUGCCAACGGACGCUGAAAAUGGACGGAUGGAAUAUUUCGAGGAAGCGGACAUUCCGGCCUCAGUACUAGGAGUAUCGACAAAUGAAGAGCCAUUUGCUCCCGAACCCGGAUGCAACGCAACAUGUCCUGCUGCAAAUACCGACCGACGAUUUCUUCAGAAUGUACUUCGUCGAUAUCCCAAGGGUAAAGUCUGGACUUUUCACCGGGAUCGAAGCUUGUUUGCCUCUUCCGAUGAUGAUGAGAAAAGUGCGAAUUCGCCAGUAUCGGCAGUCAGGACCCCCAAUACGCCUCCGGGUACCAGCAGAAAAUGGCGGGCAUCCGAAGCUACACAAUUGGCUAAAUAUUUCCCUGGCGCAAGCCAGGUUCUCUUUGUACCAUUGUGGAAUGCUGCGACUUCCCAAUGUCCCACCGUUGAAUUAGCAUCUAUCAUGGGUUUUGGGUAUUCAAUCAUGGCUGAAUUGAGUCGAUUGGAGUCUAUUAUAGCAGACCGACAGAAGGGCGACUUUAUCGGUAGUAUUUCUCAUGAGUUACGGAGCCCGCUACAUGGCAUUCUCGCGGCUGCAGAGUUCAUGGACGGCACAUAUAUGAACGAAUUUCAGAAAUCAUUGGUGGAAACUAUCAAUGCUUGUGGGCGGACGCUACUUGAUACAAUGAAUCAAGUGCUCGAUUUCAGCAAAAUUGUAUCGCUGGAAAAGAGUUGGCGACAGGUGAAGAAAGCUCGGCGAGAUCCAAAAGAGGAUACGAUGGACAAUAUCAAAGGAAUUGAUAGUAUGGCAGCACUACUCGAUACACAGACCUGCGAAGACAUCUGCUUGUUAGCAGAAGAGGUGAUUGAAGGAGUCUGUCUCGGUCAUGCGUAUGGUCGUUCGGCUGGCGGGUCUUCAGGAGUAUCGCGAACGCCUUCCAUGCCAUCAGGCGCCGGGUCCAGUUCAUUAUCUACUCCAGAUAGUGAGUCAAAUGGCGAAAUUCGCCCGGAAGUUGAGGUGAUUGUCGAUAUUCAGAAAGGAAACUGGAUUUACAAAACUCAGCCCGGUGCUCUUCGCCGGAUCAUCAUGAACAUUUUCGGUAAUGCGAUGAAAUAUACCGAUACUGGACAUAUCAUUGUACGUUUAGAGACCGUGAAGAGUGAAGACUCGUCGGCAAGUUCGAAGGUCCGAGAAGACUCUGACGAACUGGUUGUACUCACCGUUUCGGAUACAGGCAAGGGCAUAUCUGAAGAAUUUCUUCGGGCGCGCCUUUAUACCCCUUUUGCUCAGGAAGACACUUUGGCUGUAGGUACCGGUCUAGGUCUGUCGAUUGUACGCAGUAUCGUCAAGUCUCUUGGUGGUCAUAUCGGCAUUCGCAGUCGACCUGGAGAGGGAACAAGCGUCAAAGUCACCUUGCCUCUGUCUCGAGCGGGGCCUGAUGAUGGAGAAUCCCCUGUGUCGCGCCCUCACCCAUCAGUACCGGGUCAAGACCUGCAAAUCAUUCGUGAACGAUUCUCGGACAAGAAAGUUGCGAUACUAGGCUAUGACCCAGAAAAACCCACGACCAGCACAACUUCUGUACUUGCCAAGUAUGUCACUAACUGGUGUGGACUUACUAUUGUGCCGUGGCCUGCCUGCGCCGAGUCGGCAGAUCUGGUACUGGCUACGGAUAAGGAAGUAAACGAAGAGCUGAAACUUCGACAGACGAUCAAAGCUCGUGCGAUAGUCGUCAUCUGCAGUACCACGGUUGACUACGAUACCUACCGCUCGGCUUGGUCAAAACUGACCGAUGUUGUUGAGUUCUUCUACCGACCUUGUGGCCCAUAUAAAUUAGCUCGAAGUCUACUCCGGUGCUUCAAGCAGGCUGCGGCACUUCCGCCUUCACAGUAUGCCAACACUCUACAUCCAAGCUUGGUCGACCGCACACGCAUGGAGAUUCCGGACUUGAAGAGCGGUCAGACAGGACGCAGCAGUGUAGGAUCCGAGUACAACUCGACACCUUCACUGGGAGAUUUGCGGACCAGCAGUGAACCACGUCUUGAGUCUGCUCAGCCGGCUCUUGUUUCGCCAACGAUCGAAUUACCUCCUGAUAUGAUGGAUGAAGGAAUUCAUGGAAGGCGUUCGGCGCCUGCUGUACCGGCACUUGACCGUGGCGAAGGCCAUAUUGUACAUACGCUUCCAGAGGAUCAGGGAUUGUCGCUUAUACCUGCUAUACCAGACAAUGUCUUGGUGGUUGACGAUAACCAUAUUAAUCUUCGACUUCUAUUGACGUAUCUCAGUCGGCGAAACAUUGCUAAUUUGGAUUCGGCCGAGAAUGGAAAGAUGGCGGUGGAAGCAGUGGAGAAACGGAUGGAUGGGUAUGAUAUUAUAUUCAUGGAUAUAUCAAUGCCGGUGAUGAACGGCUUCGAAGCCACUCGAGCAAUUCGUUCACUGGAGAACGAGCGUGGCGAACGCCGMCCCGCCACGAUCAUUGCUUUGACUGGUCUCAGCAGUGCUCGUGAUGAGACGGAAGCAAUGACAUCUGGUGUUGAUCUCUUCCUGACCAAACCCGUGUCCUUGAAAGAAGUCUCACGACUCUUGGACGAGUGGCACCCCAAGUCACAAACGGAUAAUUAA